GGUCCCUCUUUACCCUUUACGGCAACCACAAAAAUUCUGGCCCUCUCUCCUCAACAGGAAGCUGUCCUGCUGUCUGCAGCCUGCGGGUCUUGCUUGACUUAUUAAUCAACGAAAAACACCAAUCUUGUCCCACUUCCCUCUAGUUAUAUACUUGAGCAAAUGACUGAGCUUAUAAAUGUAUGCAAUUCCUGAAAGAGCAGCUGAACUUGCAAACCACCUCUCUUCUCUUUUCCUUCCAAUUCAUUUUUAUAUCAAGAAUGAGAAAGAUUCACUCUUUCUCUUGCAAAUUCUUGGCAAUCUCCUGUUUGGUUCUGCUCUUGCCUAUUUUAGUCUACUCAAAGUGCGUAUGCGAAGCAGAAGACGAAGAAAGGGAGCAAAACUCAGCUCAGGCACUCAAAUUCAAGCUCGUAGCAAUAGCUUCGAUUCUCGUGGCUAGUGCUAUAGGAGUUUGCCUCCCGUUUCUGGUGAAGAACAUACGGCAAUGGUGGCUGCGAUAUUGACUUUGAUGAUGGAGAGCUUUGCCGCUGGGUACCAUAAGAGGAACGAGUUGAGCAAGGCGCAGCCUGUGAACGGCGAUGAGGAAAGCGAAGAGCAUGGUCACGGUCAUGGUCAUGGUCACGGUCAUGGUCAUGGUCAUGGUCAUGGGGUCCAUGUUCAUGGCUCUGCUUUUGUGUUGGACCGAACAACGCCAUCGGAUCUUAUCCGACAUCGCAUUGUUUCUCAGAUUUUGGAGUUGGGAAUCGUAGUUCAUUCUGUAAUCAUUGGACUAUCCUUGGGUGCUUCUGGAAAUCCUCAGACAAUCAAGCCUUUGGUAGCAGCACUAAGUUUCCAUCAAUUUUUCGAAGGAAUGGGACUUGGUGGAUGCAUCUUUCAGGCAAAAUUCAAGCAACGGGCCAUAGCAAUAAUGGUGUUAUUUUUCUCCCUCACAGCCCCCAUUGGAAUUGCAGUUGGCAUAGGAUUAUCCAACGCUUACAAAGAAAACAGUCCCACAGCACUGAUUGUUCAAGGGCUUCUCAAUUCUGCAUCUGCGGGGAUUCUAAUUUACAUGGCCCUGGUUGAUCUUCUUGCGGACGUUUUCAUGAGCCCCCAAAUGCUAAGUACUAUUAGGCUCCAACUUGCUACAGCUUUCACCCUCCUCCUUGGAGUGUGUUACUGUGCUUGUGGAAACGAGCUGGGAGAAAGUAGCAGUAACAAAACCAAGGCUUUGAAAUACAAACUUGUAGCAAUAUCAUCAAUCUUGUUUGCCAGUGCUCUAGGGGUUUCUCUCCCGAUCUUGGGCAAGAAAAUCCCAACUUUUCGACCCGAAAACAAUGUUUUCUUUCUGAUCAAAGCGUUUGCAGGUGGAGUGAUUCUCGCCACUGGCUUCGUUCACAUACUUCCUGAUGCGUACGAGUCUUUAUCUAGCCCUUGCAUUGGUGAAAAGCCCUGGGGGGUUUUUCCUUUCACGGGGUUUUUGGCUAUGGUUUCUGCUAUAGUGACGAUGAUGAUUGACACAUUUGCGACUAGUUUCUAUAAGAGGUCGCAUUUCAACAAGGCUUUGCCGGUGAAUGCUGAUGAGGAGAUGCUAGGGGAGCAUGAGGGGCAUGUUCAUGUUCACACGCAUGCCACUCACGGGCAUGCUCAUGGAUCCGCCUUUGUAUCAGAGGAUUCUGGAUCAUCUGGUCUCAUAAUUAGGCUGCGUAUUAUAUCGCAGGUGUUAGAGGUGGGGAUCGUAGUUCAUUCAGUGAUAAUUGGGAUCGCUUUGGGUGCUUCCCAAACUGCAAAGACAAUCAAGCCCCUUGUAGCAGCAUUGACUUUCCAUCAAUUCUUUGAAGGCAUGGGACUCGGUGGCUGCAUCUCUCAGGCAAAAUUCAAGGCCCGUGCCAUUGGAAUCAUGUUACUUUUCUUCUCCUUCACGACCCCAAUGGGAAUUGCGUUCGGCAUGGGCAUAUCGAAGAUUUACAAUGAGAAUAGCUCCAAAGCUGUGGUGGUGGAAGGAAUCUUCAACUCCCUUUCAGCUGGAAUCUUGAUUUACAUGUCUCUUGUUGACCUGCUGGCUGCAGAUUUCAUGAACCCCAGAAUGCAAAGCAGUAUAAAACUGCAGCUUGGAUCUAAUCUUUCGGUUCUUCUGGGGGCAGCGUGCAUGUCACUCUUAGCCAAAUGGUCCUGACUGCCUCAUCCAUGAAUAAAACACAUUUUGUAACCAUCCUUUCCCUUUUUGUACCAAACAUGGUAUCUGUUCUUCCUUGUCUGUUGCUUGAAAAAGUGAUCGCACAUCAAUGGAGGAACAAAUGCCUUAAUUUCAGUGUCCAGUCAUUGUGAGACUGGGAACCAUAUCUCAGUGCCAUGGCUUUUGGAUUCAACAAAGGG